AUGGAUCUGAUGAAAGAAAACUCGUUUCACGAACUGGUGCUGGUGAUAAAGAAAGUGAACGUCGAGCCGGCACUAUUUUUGUACAUGAUAUCUAGCUUUAUGCAUUUCCCCGUCUUCCAGUCACUCAUCUAUCAAAAGGCCUGCUUGCAGCUGUACGACGGGGACGAAAUCUACUGCGGCAAUGUAACGGCGGCAAACAGGGACGUCGCAGUGCAGACCCUGGCUAACCAUGUAUUCCUCUUUUCGUCAUUAUGUCUGUUGCUGCCAUCGAUGCCGACAACGGUGAUGCUGGGCACUUUCGGUGACCUGGUCAGUCGCAAGAUCUCGCUGUUGCUGCCUUUGGUGGGUUUGGUGUUGUCCGACCUCAGCUACCUCAUCCAGUGCCAUUUCAAGCAUCUCGACGUGUAUAUUUUGUUAAUCAGCGAUCUUUUGUUCGGCAUAUUCGGCGGCUUCAGCGCCCUCAUCGCUUCCAUGUUCUCCUACGGUGCUGAUUCGACUGCGGUAGUCAACCGCAGCUAUCGGAUGGCUCUUAUGGAGGGCAGUAUCGGUCUUGGCGGCAUGAUCGGCUUCCUAGUGUCAGGUCCAUUGCUCGAGUCAGCCGGCUUCUCUGCCGUGUUUCUCGUUAACAUUGUCAUUCACACCGUAGUCUUUGCCUAUGUGUUGUUAUUCGUCCGGGAACUGCCUCCCCGUCAUUCUUCUCUCUGUUCUGCCGCCAAUAUUUCACGACACGCCCAUUUCUUCUCCACCGUCGUCGCCUUCUUCCGCCUCGUGGAGACUUACCUCCAACAAACUUGCUCCACGGUUGUCAAGACGCGCCACACUCACGUCAGGAGGUGCAUAGUCGUCGUUCUCAUGGCGUUCAGCGUGUCAUAUUUGGUUUUCAGCGGUGCGUAUCCAUUUGUCUAG